UCAUGGGCUGCAAGCUGUCAGACGACCAGUUGCUCCUCUGAGUUUACCAACAUGAUUUGAAGGAAGAAUUGUUUGCUGCCUGCAUACAUCCAUGCUGAAAGACAUGUGCCACUUGGCCCAUCUGUAUUGGUAAAUGGUACUGUGCCGCUGUUAUAAGUUCUAUCAUACCACCCUGGCAUUUGAUCAGUGUCAAGGUGAUAUGCUCUCGAACAGGCAAACUUCCAACUGAGCUUGCUUAUAGCAGUCUUCCAUCCCCAGACCUCUACAGUAAGAAAUGGCCCUUUAACUAGAGUGCAAGCAUCAGUCUAAUGAAUUUGAACGCUGCGGUACAGAUAUGAGCAAUAAAAAACGCCUAUUUAUCUCUAUUCACCACCGAGAUGAAAUGUCUCUUCAAGAGGGAAUACGCAAGAUGUACGGUGCAUACCACUGGGGAGUUUUGUUAGCACCUAAGAAGUCCAACGGCCGCGACAACAUGGCAUACGACGUUUCGGACGGUGUUCGGUUGGAUGGUGAAACUGGGCAAGACCUGAACUCGGAAAGAGAUUGGUUCUUAAGGAUUAAGAACAACGUGAAUCUGUUGGACAGUGGGCAGUUAGUUGGUCGGGUCAUGAUCGGAAAAGUUCCUCCGCAAACGACAGAAAAUGAUCUCGAAACCAUCCUCAGGGGUGUUGCUCUGCCAGAUAAGGAAUCAGGAGAAAGAUGUCGCCAUUGGGUUUGGAAUGCCAUAUCCACUCUACAAAAUGAAUCAGUGAUACCGAACUUUGAUAUUGAAGAAUUCAAAGUCUGGAUAUUGGAUUAUGCCAAUCAAUGCCUUGCCAACCCUAGUCCAAGCAAUGUUUGUGAUUAUAAAUAGACAAACUAGUUGCGCGAAACAUUUCCUGGUUC